GCACCAUUUAUCAGGAACAAUAAGAGAUAUAGAGAGAGAAAGGUAGCAUUUCUUUAGAGAACACUUUUCUUGUGAAAGAGGGAAGAGAGAUAUACUUGUAUUUGUAAUCAAUUAAGAAAGAUGAUCGCACAUUUGGCUCAGCUCACUCUUGCAUUCGGCCUUCUUGGCAAUAUUGUUUCGUUUAUGGUAUUUCUUGCACCGAUACCAACGUUUUAUAAAGUUUACAAGAAGAAAUCAACGGAAGGGUUUCAGUCGGCACCUUAUGUGGUGGGCUUAUUUAGUGCCAUGCUUUGGAUAUAUUAUGCAUUGCUGAAGAGCAAUGUCUUGCUCCUCAUCACCAUUAACUCAGUUGGUUGCUUCAUCGAAACCUUGUACAUUUGUUUCUUUCUCUUCUAUGCACCAAAGAAGGCUAGGAUGGAGAGUUUGAAGCUAAUUGUGUUGCUAAUAGUUGUGGGGUUUGGAUUGAUCGUUGGCCUCACUCAAUUGUUUGCAACUGGAGUUACCCGUGGGGUCAUAGUUGGAUGGAUUUGCCUUGUAUUUUCUUUAUGUGUUUUUGUAGCACCAUUGGGAGUCCUGCGACAAGUGAUUAAAACAAAAAGUGUGGAGUACAUGCCAAUUCUAUUAUCGGUAGCACUCACCCUUAGCGCUGUCAUGUGGUUCUUUUAUGGCCUACUUCUUGGUGACUUUAAUAUUGCGAUCCCAAAUGUACUUGGAUUCACUUUUGGUAUCAUUCAGAUGAUACUAUACUUUAUAUACAAAAACAAGAAGCCCGUCAUCAUCGAUGAAAAGAUUUCCAAAUUCGAAGAGAAAAUCACUGCAAUGGAGGUUCAAAGAAUUCCAGAAUUUAAGGAUACAAAAAGCAUUGAUGUGGUAGAGCUGAAAGGUAUGAUGCCUGCUGAGAUUCUUUCUGGGGUUGGAAAAUAUGCUGAUAACGCUAAUCAUGCUGUUGUUAACCCUCAAGCUCUCCGAAAUAUGCCAAAUCACAUGACCAUUGAAGUUGGUGCUUGAAACCCUAACAACUUGAUUCUGAUUUUCUGUAAAACAAUAAGGCAUGUACCUGUGAAGUUUCACCUCCCAUAUAUAGUAUUUCCAUAUCUUUGACACGUCUUUUGAUCUUCCCAUUUUCAAGCUUACAUUUGUUGGUGAUUUUAGUGUCAAUGUU